GAUGCGGUACUGCAACGGUGAUGUGAAAAUGAUGAGGCAGCUGGUGAUCUUUCUGCUCGCAGCAGUUUUAGGCAUCUGUGUGGGAGAGGAUACAUGUUCUGGCCAGACCGGGUCAAAGAUCAAACAUUGUUCUCCGUCCAAACAUCCCCUGUACAGCGUGGACUCUAUCAUAGACUGCCAUCCGGAUCCCAGUCCCACGGAGGGCACAUGCAAAAAUAGAGGAUGUAUUUGGCAAGACGGAGCUUCAAACCUGGGGCCCCCGAACUGCAGGUUCCCGGACGGGCACGGAUACCGGUUAUUUGGGGAGCCGACGGUGACCAACUCAGAGCUGGAAUUCACUCUCCAGCGAAUCAGCUCCCCGAGCCUGUUUGGAUCAGAUGUAGAAACAGUGAAGCUAAGAGUGGAAUACCAGAGUGACUACAGACUGCGUGUCCAAGUCCUCGAUCCAAACAGCAAGCGCUAUGAAGUACCUCUACCGACACACCAGCCAACAGAGGGCCCUAGUGAUGAUUCACGGCUGUACGAUGUCACUUGGGAGAAUGCUCCUCAGUUUGGUGUAAAAGUCGUGAGAAGGAAGACAGGCGCUAUCGUGUUUGACACUCGCCUGCCAGGGCUUGUUUUCGCUGACCAGUUCCUGCAAAUCUCCACUCGAUUGGCUUCGGAUAACGUGUACGGCUUUGGAGAACAUAAUCACGAAACUCUGCGCCAUGAUAUGGAUUGGAAAAGAUGGAUAAUGUUUAGCAAAGACAUAUCUGUCCAGCAUAACCAAAAUCUUUAUGGAGUUCAGCCUUUUUACACGAAUGUCGAACCCGAUGGAAGCACCAAUGGCGUUUUCUUCAAGAACAGCAAUGCAAUGGAGGUGGCUCUCCAGCCUGACCCCCACCCAGCCAUCACCUUCAGAACUAUCGGAGGCAUCUUGGACUUCUAUAUCUUCCUCGGACCUACACCGGAAAGCGUUGUUAAACAGUUCACGGAGGCUGUGGGUAGACCGGUAAUGCCCCCGUACUGGGCUCUAGGGUUCAUGCUUAGCCGAUGGGGAUACAACAGUAGCCAGGUGUUACAUCAGGUUAUCCAGAGGAACAGGGAGGCCGCUAUUCCUCUGGAUGUACAGUUUGGAGACAUAGAUUACAUGUUUGAGGAGCUGGAUUUUACAUAUGACAGAAAAACGUUUAUGGGACUACCAGAAGCUAUAGAAGACCUCCAUGACCACGGACAAAAGUUCAUUGCCAUUGUGGUAAGUUCUGUGAAUGUGAUCAAAGUAAACGGCCAUUUGAAGUUUCUGUCUGGAGUUUGUAGACUACAUGAAACGUCUGGUUUUUAUUGUCUGGAGUUUGUAGACUACAUGAAACGUCUGGGGUUUUCUUCUUGUUGGAUUCUGGCUAAGAAGAUGUUGACAGAGUGUGAGGAAGACUGCCAACCCCACGAGAGCACAGAACGGGAGAAGGCAGGCGACAAGGAAGCACCAAACUUUGACAGUCUACCCUCAAAUCCUCCUCAUAGAAAGUCUCGAAGCGCUCGCGUUGUUUUCGGAGAUCGUGGAUCGGCCACACAGAUCAAUCGUAGAGGUCACAGCGCUCAGGCGAGGACUAGCACUCGUGCGGAACUGAAUACUGGGGCGAACAUCCAAAAGCAUGCGAAAAGCCCGAUGUCAAACCGUAGAGCGGCUAGUGUACCUAAGACCGCCAGUGACGCAGGGCAUGAUAGAAGUUUAGAAAACAACGAGUCAGACUGGGCAGUCAGAGUAGUUAAACCGUUACUAACACAUAAUCAUACAGCAGGGUAUCGCCAGGCGCGUCAAGUCGAUCAGGACGUUAGUGAAAAGGCGACAGCUGUUAGACUCCCCAAGAAAAUACUACAGAAGCGUCACUCAGAACCGACCAUGCGCCCAAAGCCGGACUUUACCCGAUACGUGAAACCAAGAUCGAAUUCAGUGGGUCAUAUCUUUCAAGGAAUACCAAGAGAGGUAACACAAACUUCAGGCGAUAAAUCCACUUCUAGUGGCACAUUGAGACCGACCCCAUGGGCUGGUGGUGGACAGGCGCACAGUAGUGGAUGUUCCAACAGUUUGGACAAACCACACCAAGAUCGUUUGAUUGCAACCAAGAAAUCGAACCUUCGCAGAAAUUCCAGCCCCGGGACUAUGACAUACGUCGAAGAACGGGAGGCGACCUUGCGGUCACUAAGGGCUACGUCAUUCAGCGCGAAACAAACCAUCCUGAAGAGAGUCUCUAUUGCAAACUGUUUAAAUUUUAGAGACCUAAGGAAUAAGUCUAAGAUAUUUUCCCAAAAGGCUGUGUCUUUGAUAUCUAAUAUAACAAGCAAGAGUCCUCGAGGUGACACCGGGACUUGUUUAGUAGAGAAGACUACAGAAACUUUUCCUCUGCACAUGAUGAUGACAACGGAGGACGCAAUAUACGGUUUAGCGCAUGCACUGGAAGUGGCUCGCCGUAACCAGCAGCUGCUAGACAAGGAACGAGACAUCUGUAGCUACUCCAAACUGCCAGACCCCAGGUUUCAGCGACUCGAGCAAGCCUUAGAUCCAGCGAUUGGAUGUGAUCCUGCGAAGCUGGAUCGAGCUCGUGAGAACAGCCCUGGGUACCGACUGUACGAGGAGGGCCUGGAGAGCGGCGUGUACAUCAAACAGGCUGGCACGGAUCAGCCACUAGUCGGCAAAGUUUGGCCUGGCUUAACAGUUUUCCCAGACUUCACCAACGAGAAAACGGCAGACUGGUGGAGAAAGUGGAUACAGUAUUUCUACUAUAAGGAGAACGUCAAAUUUGAUGGUUUGUGGAUUGACAUGAACGAACCUGCCAGUUUCAUCGACGGUUCCAAAGAAGGCUGUGACAUCAACAAGUGGAACAAUCCCCCGUUUAUCCCCGGUUUGGUCGACAAGGAUGAUCAGACUAGAAAGUCUCUGUUCAAAACGAUAUGUAUGGAUUCUGAGCAGAGCUGGGGUCGCCAUUAUGACGUGCACAGUCUGUAUGCUCACAGCGAGGCGAUACAGACGUACAACGCCUUGAGAAGCUUAUUUCCCGAGAAGCGACCUCUGGUGUUGACCAGGUCUAACUACGCGGGUACGUCCCAGUAUGCCAUCCACUGGCUGGGGGAUAACACAGCCUCGUGGGAGCAACUGCGGGAAUCUAUCAUAGGUAUUCUAGAGUACAGCAUCUUUGGAUUUUCUGUAACGGGUCCGGAUAUAUGUGGUUUUUGGGAGGAAGCCUCCGAAGAGCUCUGCAUGAGAUGGAUGGAACUGGGUGCGUUUUAUCCCUUUUCAAGAAACCACAACUGCCACUUGAACAAGCACAAGGACCCGGCAGCGUACGGAUCAAAGAUGAUUUCCGUAUCCAGAAAUGCUCUGUACACCAGGUAUAAACUUCUCCCAUACCUGUACACACUGGUACAUCUGGCCAGUGUCCGCGGAUCUACGGUGGCCCGACCGCUGUUUCACGAAUUUCCCAGUGAUGAGACCACCUGGAGUAUAGACAGGCAGUUUUUGUGGGGAUCUUCCUUAAUGAUAUCACCAGCUCUUGAACAGGAUCAGCGUAUAGUACAUGCGUAUUUUCCGGAAGGCGUCUGGUUCAAUUAUUACACUGGUGAACAGACCUCAGAUUUUGCGCACCAUGUUAAACUGAACACGCCUCUUGAGCACAUCAAUCUUCAUGUUAGGGGCGGAGCUGUAAUACCGUGGCAGGAGCCUUCGGUCACCGCCUCCGCCAGCCGUACAAAUGCCUUUGGUCUACUGGUGGCCCUUGAUGUUAAGCGCGAAGCUGUCGGUUCUCUGUAUUGGGAUGAUGGCGAGUCAUAUGGUACCUACGAAGAUGGCGCAUACCUGCAGCUUGAUUUUACAGUGAAGGCAGAGGCUUUGCAGAUACAGGUAUUACAUAAUAACUACCGUGAAGCUGACAACCUUUUCCUGGAAACAGUGGACCUGUAUGGCCUGUUACUACCACCAAGAAAAGUACUUCUGAACGGCAGGGAACAACACUCAUCGGGAGUUGAAUAUUCGCCGUGCACAAAGUCCGCCAGGCUAACACAUCUUCACCUGAUGCUGACAGAAUCCCACACCGUCGAGUGGCUGUCCUUCUAGGCCGUGUUCCACCAAUGACAGCACGGGAACAUGCCCAUGGAGACCAGAACAUCACAGCUAUUCCUCUAUCUUCACCAGCAUCUUCAUAGCAUGGUGUUCAAUGCUAUUUUGGACAGCGAUAAUGGCGAACUGAAAGCAAUGCAUAAGAAUUCACAUUCCACGGGACAUUAUUAUGGUGCUCUCUGUGAGCAGAGAAUGGGGCACCACAUUUACACAGACAUUUUUUUUAUUAUUGUACAUCGGAGUCAAACACCAUAAAAACAUAGUAAUUAGCUCCUAAUUCGUUUUAUAAGAAAUAUAGAAAAAAAUAUUCAGAAUAAAGAAAGAGGAGCUUUGCUCUGUUUUGUUCUCUCCAUAGAGGCCCAUUCCAAUGAAAAUCAACUGUCCAAUUUACAUUCAGUCACUUCGAUAUGGCGUCGUCACACACGUGCUAAACUCUAACCAAAGUAUCAUCGCCAACAGGCUCCAUUUGCCUUUUACUUUCACUUUCUUGUUCUUUUCUUGACUGUUUGAAGCACAGUUAAUACCAGCUACUACUUCUCUUGCUUCCUCUCGUUCUUCAGGUUUAGGUUACCAGAGAUUUUCGGCCCCACGUCACAUGUGUAUGAAGGUGUACGUGAAGUGUCGUAAGAGUGUGUGUUGUCGUUAUCGGCUUCAAAUAAGUCAAAAAUAUUUGUGAUCUCUCUCAACAGUUAUUAUUUCGUUUAAAGAAGAAUUCAUGAAGAAUCACGGAAAUGUAAAACAAUACUGGUGUUAGCAGUACCUGUAUCACUGAGCUCCUGCGUCAGCUACAAAGCAGGUUAGGUUCAGAAUCAUAUUUGUACCAAAGCAGAAUAUAAAACCCAUUGCGUAAACCUUUUCUAAAAUAUC